AUGGCUCCUCGAGGAUCAUCAGCGGCGGGCUCCCCUGCCAAAAAAACACCCCGCAAAUCCGCAGCUCGGGGAAAGUGGAGCGAGGAGCAUCUGUUGACAAGUGAUAAGUCGCUUUUGAUCGACACAGAUCUAGUGAAACUUCUAGCCAGCUCUGCAGCAUGGCACGUCCUGGAAGAGGACGAGAAACGUCAAAUCUUAGAUCUUCUGCCUGUCGAUACCCACCCGGAUCCAGACCCCCCGGAAGAUAAUCCCAAUGCGCCGAUACCACCUCUUCCAGAUUCGUUUGUCCGGUAUUCGAACAACUGGCGAGAUGGAAUCCGCCAGUUUCAGCUCGACCUACAAAAUGGCCGCUAUGACCCUGAAUGGUUACGACAAGCAGAUGAGGCACGUCAACAACGGGAGAAUGGAGACUUCGAUUCUUUCAAGGAACGAGAAUAUGAGGAGUUCUGGGGCCAGAAGCAGAAGCUAGAUAAGAGUCUCCCCGCGGGAGAAUCAGGAAAAGUGAAGCUUGCGACUCUGGUGGACGAAGGAGUGAUUCGAAUCGGAGACGUUUGGAGAUUCAAUUAUGUUUAUGGUAAAGGAGCUGAGCGAAUCUUCAUUGACAAGGAGGCUAGGGUGACUGAGAUCAAAAGUUCUAAAUUGACAUUCGUUAUGCCGGCUGGACAGCGUGUCUUUUUACGAGCUGUCCCUAUCCAGAGUGCUUCCGCUGACCCCCCAAAAACCGAAUCACCAGAAAAAUGGGAUAGCACUCCGGCAAUCCAGAGCACGGAGCCUCAAAACACAGAGGAUGGAAUUGAGGAGGUAUCCAGGGUAUCAAGCGCUUCACCUCCGCAGGAAGAGGACCAGGAUGAGGUUCAACUCGUCGAAUUUGACCAGGAUCACCUAAGUCAAAGUCGGAUUGAAGUGGAGAUGGACACAGGAAAUGAUCAAAGCCAAGACUGGGACGAUGUCCCACGCCAUGAAGAGCGCAGAAUCGCGCAGAGUGAGAAGGAAUCUGUCUUAUCUUCUCCACUAUCCAGUCCAUGCUCAAUUCCACCGCCAUACAGCCCAUUAAGUUGGCAUGCAGAUGAAGUUUUCCACCAAGAGGCCGAUUCACAUGGCCAGGUAUUAGCCAAGAGCCCAACAAGGGCACCGCGCGAAUGUCUGAAGCUGAAGCGUCCUCUUCCUCAACCCGCAGAAGAAUCCCCGACCAAGCGUACAUUGCGCACACCACUAAAAUCAAGGCUCGUCGAAGUCAAGCCCGGGCCUGUGUCUGUAUCCAAAGAAAAACAUGGCAACGGCUUGGUAAAUACACCGAAGCACCAGUCAGUGCAAGUUGUGAUUCCGUCACCCAGAUCCGAAAUCAAACCCGAAAAUACAACAGAUAAGCAUAACCCCGACCGGAUUCUUCACAGCACCAGUACACCACACCAAGAUGACAAAAAUGUGCAAAAAGAUCACCCUCCGCUUGAUCUUGAAACUUCCAGUGCCAAAUAUACACCUAAACAUUUGGUCCCAGGCGUGGAAUCCUCCCUGAACGUGCAGUCAAAUUCAGACUGUAACUCUGAACCUAAACUUGAAGCUGAAGGUCAGACCGCAACAGCUCAAUCACCAACACAACCUCAGGAUUCCACCCAAGUACAGACCGACGAACUAGAAGAAGUCAUUGUCCGCAAUAUCAAAGGACCGUCAACUCUAGUCAACGCCAUUGUGGCUACUGAUGGAAGAGCAAGCGGCCGCACUGCGAAUGCCUGGAAAGAGAUUCGCUGCUAUCGGAAUAAUCAGGAUAUGGGUUCUCUCUGGGACGUACGCCUGACAUGGUACCACAAGAAUCAUCAAUGA